AUGGCACCGGCACAGGAACACUACGAUUUCAUCAUUGUCGGAGGUGGCACCGCAGGCUGCCUCCUCGCUCAUCGUCUCUCACAUUCCGCCGCAGCGCCCUCGGUUCUCCUUCUUGAAGCCGGCACCAAACCUUCCGGGCCGUAUCUGUCCGCACCGGGCCAUCGGUACACCGCUGCAUUCGCAAGGAGCGACCUCGACCACGGCUAUGUCUCUGAGCCUGAACCUUCACUCAACGAUCGAGAGCUUCCCUACGCUCGAGGUAAAGGGCUGGGUGGAAGCUCAAUCUUGAACUUCGGCGUCUACCUCUACGGCAGCAGCGAAGACUACGAUCGAUGGGCUGAUCUCGUAGACGAUGAUGACUGGGCGUGGUCUUCCGUGCAGGAGAGCUUCCGGACCAUCGAGAACUACGCUACUGAAGGCGCCGCUGCGUACGAGCAUCUAGCAGAUCCAGCCUCUGGACGUCAUGGAACCAGCGGACAAGUGACGGUCAGCUUGCCGGCCGUUUUGGAGAAGUCCGUCGCGCCUCAAAUGGCGUCGCUACUUGCUGCAGGCGAGAGCUUGUGCUUGGAUCCAAACGCAGGCGACAAUAUUGGCGUGAGCUUGUUUCCAUACAGCUAUGGCAAAAGCGGAAGGUGUACCAGCGCCAUCGCUCAUCUGGUAGAUCCUCCGAAGAACCUGGAGGUGUGGAUAGAUGCGACGGUCGGUAAGCUGUUGUUUGAUGGCACAAGCGUCAUUGGUAUCCGCACGAUCGAUGGGAGAGAAGCCCUGUCAAGCAAGGAAGUUAUUCUGUGCUGUGGAGCGAUCGAUACUCCCAGGCUUCUCCUCCUCAAUGGCAUCGGACCAAAAGCCGAGCUCGAAGCUCUAGACAUCGAAGUCAAAAGGGACCUUCCGGGAGUUGGCAAGCAUCUUCGUGACCACGUGGCUGGUAUUAUGUGCGUCGAAGUUGAUGGAUCCUUCAACGACCGCACUACUUUCGAGACCGAUCCGAAUUCAGUUGAAGAGGCACAAGCACUGUGGGAUCGAGACCACACCGGUGCCCUCUCACUGCAGCACAGCAGUCUUUGGGGUGGAUUCCUGAAGGUUCCCGACCUUGCGAACUCCUCGGAAUUCCAGGACCUCGCUCCAGCGGACCAGGAAUUCCUGACUCGAAGCAAAGUUCCGCAUUUCGAGUUCUUGAAUAAUGCACUUCUGUGGCCACCCGGAUCGCAACUGACGCCGGGAAACACGUACCUUUCUUUCACUGCCGCUCUCAUGAAUGCGCAAUCGGAAGGCUCCGUCACCCUACGCUCGAACAAUCCCGCCGACAAACCACUACUUCGCCUCAACCUUCUCAGUCACCCGUACGAUGUUCUUGUCAUACGGGAAGCCAUUCGUCGAUCCUGGAAUAUGAUCAUCGAAAAUCCAGACAUGCGUCCGCACGUCCGCAAGACGUUAUCGGGACCAGUAUCCCUGUCGGACGCCGACAUCGAUGCCUACGCUAAGGCUGAAGCAUGUCCCAUAUGGCAUGCAAACGGCACUGUGCGUAUGGGCAAGGAGGCUGACGGUGGGAGUGUGGAUUCGAGCGGCAAAGUAUACGGUGUUCAAGGUCUGAGGGUCGCAGACUUGAGUGUCUGUCCGCUGACGACGAACAACCAUACGCAGGCGACGGCCUAUCUUGUUGGUCAGAAGAUCGCCGAGAAGAUGGUGAGGGAGUACAAGUUAGCCUCGUGUUGA